UCUACUUUAGGCAACAGUUGGUUAUUGCUUCGAUGGAAGUGUUGGGUUUCUUUGAAAUAAGUGUCGUUCUAUUUGUCGUUUUGCAUAUCUUGAGGAUUUACUUUGCUGAUUGCGAUGCAAUACUACAUUUCUACGAAAGAUUUGCAAAGCCACCGGAAAGAAGAUUACGAGGUAAAGUAAUUUGGAUCACUGGUGCAUCGAGUGGAAUCGGCGAACAUUUAGCGUACAAGCUAACUGAACUGGGCUGCAAACUGGUGCUAUCAGCGAGGAGAAAAGACGAAUUAGACAGAGUGAAAUCUUGCUGCAUAGGUUUGGCCCAAAAGCUUUUUCCAUUGACAUUUGAGGAAGAUUUUCUUGUCUUACCACUGGAUAUUACAAAUUUCUCCACUCAUGAAGACAGUGUAGCUAAAGCUCUUCACAGGUUUGGCAAGAUUGAUUUUUUAGUGAACAAUGCAGGAAUUUUGCAGAUGGGUUUAUCGAUGGAUUGUGAUUUUGAUGUAGUUUUCCCAGUACUGAACACAAAUGUACUGGGGACAAUCUCUCUCACCAAAGCUGUACUGCCUCACAUGGUUCGAAACAGGAAUGGUCAAAUUGUUGUAAUAAGUAGUGCCUCUGGGAAAAGUGCACCAGUCCCUUAUGUGGCGGCAUAUGCAGCCUCCAAACAUGCUCUUCAGGGUUAUUUCAACACUUUGCGUAUGGAAGUUUAUGAUAAAAAUGUUGGUGUCACAAUGAUCUGCCCUGGUGUAACGUACUCAAACCUCUUUCGAAAUGCAUAUCGAGAGAACUUGGAGACUCGUAGGGAUUUAGUCCUUCCUCCGACAACCAUGAAACCGGAACGAUGUGCGCACCUUAUUGUUAUUGCCAUGGCGAACUGUUUGGAUGAAGUGUGGAUCGCUAAACCAUCACGUCUGUUAGAGUUAUAUCUCGCACAAUAUCUGCCACUUGUCAGAGACUGGUGGAUACAGCGGGCUAACCGGAACCGGAAUGCUAACCUGACAGCGGCAUCUCGGACUAACUAGUCGAUACUAAACUCAAAUACUGCCAGCACUUUUUUUUCAAUUUAAAGUGCUAAGUUUGUGCUUUUAAUGGUGUAGACAUAUUGUAAAUAGUUGGCAAUAUGGCCUCAUAAAAUCACAAGCUUUAGCGUAAUGAAUCGAGAAGAAAAUGUAAGUUUCUUUUCUAUUAAAAAGGGUAAUUUUCUAAAGCAA